AAUAGCUAGCUGCUGCAUUUUGGACUUCUGCCUGGGCUCCCAGUGUCUUUUAGCUUGCACGGCGUAUAGGCAUUGGUUACUCUACCCUCCACUGGAUCAACCUCUCGACACCAAGGCAAUACUUUGCCCCCAUGGCACCCAAGAAAAAGACGCCAAAGAAGAGCAAGCUGGUGAAAGUAGAGCCUUCUGUGAUUACCACCACAGUAGAGGACCCUUCCUUUGACAUUGACCAUCACCACCAGCUGGACAGCUUGCUUGAAAAUGGUUCGGAUGGAUUUCUCUGCACUGCCACGGAAGUCACCAAUCCGAGCCACGGAACCAGCAUUCUGGAGGAGAUGAGGCGUAUGCACCAGGAGCAUUUCCUUUGUGACCUCACCAUUGCCACCAAAACCAAACCCUUUAGUGUCCACAAGCUGGUUAUGUCUUCAUGCAGUGAGUAUUUCAGAAACCUGCUGAAAAGAAAUCCCAACCUCCAACAAGUGGACCUCAAAGAUGUCUCCUCCUUGGGCCUGGCCACCAUCAUUUCCUAUGCCUACACAGGAAAGUUGAGUCUCUCUCUGUAUACCAUUGGGAGCACCAUUUCCACAGCCAGCCAUCUGCAGAUGUAUGCUCUGCUCAACAUGUGCAGCAACUUCCUCAUCCAAGAGAUGAACGUGGAAAACUGGAUGUAUAUUGCCAACUUGGCAGACACAUACAAUCUCAACCAGACGAAAGAUGCGGCCAGGAAAUUCAUCCGGGAACACUUCCUCGAGUUCUCUAGUACUGAACAGUUCAUGAAACUCACCUUCGAUCAGCUCAACGAACUGUUAAUGGAUGACAACCUUCAGUUCCCCAGUGAGGUGGUGGUCUUCCAGAUUGCCAUGAAAUGGCUAGAGUUUGACCCCAAGCGAAUCAAGCACGCCGCUGACCUCCUGAACAAUGUUCGAUUUGGCACCAUCCCAGCUCAAGACUUAAUCAACUACAUCCAACCUGUGCCAUGUAUGAUGCAGAACCCGGAAUGUCACAGGCUUCUGGUAGACGCCAUGAAUUACCACUUGCUUCCUUAUCAGCAAAAUGAUCUCCAGUCCAGAAGGACCAAGAUCCGAGGAAGCCAUAAAGUCUUGCUCACGGUUGGUGGGCGCCCAUGUACGACCGAGAAAGCUCUUAGCAAAGACGUAAGCUACAGAGAUCAAGAAGGAACCUGGAAUAAGCUGACAGAGAUGCCAGCCAAAUGCUUUAACCAAUGUGUUGUGGUAAUGGAUGGAUUUCUCUAUGUGGCAGGAGGAGAAGAUCAAAACGAUGCCCGGAACCAAGCAAAACAUGCAAUUAACAAUCUGUGCAGGUACGACCCCCGUUUCAGCACUUGGCUGCACCUGGCCAGCAUGUCGCACCGAAGAACUCACUUCAGCCUCAGUGCCUUCGACGGGCACCUCUAUGCCGUCGGGGGACGUAACCCUAAGGGGACGCUGGUCUCUCUUGAAUGCUACGUCCCUUCCACCAAUAGCUGGCAAGCCAAAGCCAACAUGGAGCUGCCACGCUGCUGCCACGCCAGCGUGGUCAUUGGGGGCAAGAUUCUGGUGACGGGCGGCUAUGUGAACAACGCCUACUCCCGUACUGUUUGCAGCUAUGACCCUGCCACAGAUUCUUGGCGAGACUGCGCGUGGCUGAGCAGUCCUCGGGGCUGGCACUGUGCCGCCACCUUAGGGGAUCGCGCCUAUGUCAUGGGGGGCAGCCAGCUGGGCCCCCGAGGGGAGCGAGUGGACGUCGUCUCCGUGGAGUGCUAUAAUCCUUCCACAAACCAGUGGAGCUACAUGGCCCCCCUGCCCAUCGGCUUGAGCAUGGCUGGGGUGGCCACCCUCAGUGGCCAAAUCCUGCUGGUGGGCGGUUGGAACGAAAGUGGAAAGAAAUACCAGAAGAGUAUCCAGGCCUACAACCCCGACCUGAAUGACUGGACUGAGGAAGGGGAACUUUCUGAAGGCACCGUGGGGGUGUCGUGCUGCACUAUCGCCCUCCCACACUCCAGCACCAGGGAGUCGAGGGCUAGCUCUGUCGCCUCAGGAACCGUCAGCAUUUGAGGGUGGGAGGAUGGCUGGGUGGAACAGAAGAAAGCAUUCAUAAGUUGCCUCAGGUGGUGUGUUAUGGUGGGUCAUGAGAAUGGUGAAGUACAUUAAAAAAAACACCUCAAUUUACCUUGGUUUUGCCAACUUCAAGGAGAUAAAGCAUUCUAGUUGUAUAUAAUUAGCACUUUUCCAUGACAACUUUACCUCACAGAAGAUGUUCACAGGCCUUACCACAGCAUCUUCUGCUUCAUGGGAACUACUAACGGUUGAACAUGUGCAGAGGUGUUUACUUCAUAGGAUAGUUGAGUUGGAAGGGGCCUAUAAGGCCAUCAAAUCCAACCCCCUGCUCAAUGUAGGAAUGAACAUCAAAGCAUCCCUGACAGAUGGCUGUCCAGCUGCCUCUUGAAUGCCUCUAGUGUGGGAGAGCCCACAACCUCCCUAGGUCAUUGGUUUCACUGUUGUACUGCUCUAACAGUCAGGAAGCUUUUCCCGAUGGCCAGCCGGAAUCUGGCUUCCUGUAACUUGAGCCCAUUAUUCCGU